AUGUCGAGCAACCACGGGUAGGCGUGCUGUCCUGGUCUACUGUUGUUGGUUGCUCCGCCCGUUGCACCGCCCCAUUUUAUGUUCCUUCAGAUCCUCGGCCUCCCUUUACCAUCACCACCACCAUCACCACCACCAUCGGCUGCAGCAACAGCACCAACGACACCAGCGGCGGUCGCAGCCAGCCUGGGGAAAAGCUCGUUUGAGUUCUCGGCAGCGGGCACUGAACACACACACGUAAUAGUCGUCGUCUCUUCUAACCGACGAUUCACCGGUUUGGUUUAUACGUACGAUUCAUUCCUAUCACCACGGAUAUUACAUCCAAGUUCGGAUUUAACAUUUCGUUUUUUUCACAACGAAAGACUGAUUUAACCUAUUUUUUCUUUUUCUUUUUUGUUUACUUCUUUCAUGUUCUUUCGUAUACCGGUGAGAUAAAAAAGAAGAUUUGAAAUUUUUCGAACGAGAAACUCUGUUGUUUGUGAAUGUCUGAUAAUUAAUUAUUAUUAAUUUUUUUGUUAUUUAUCUUCUGAUAUCAAGAAGAGAUUUAUGUUUUCUCUUGUAUGUUUUAUUUUUUUGAGAAAACUAAAUCGUUAGAGUGAAGUUGUGAGAGAGACAGAAGAACGUUUGAUUUGUUUUCGAUAAGUGAAAGAUCGGAGAUGAAAGAUCGAAAUGGUUUUGAAAAUAAUAUCGUGCGAGAUCGAACGUUGAAACCCUCGUGCUGAUCCUGGAAUGAAUUUUGAGGAUGUCGUGAAUCUAUACGUGCAAUUAUUUAUUAACUAUACAAAAUAUAUAAGCCUAUAAAACUGUAAUUUUGUUUUUGUUUUGUUAUAAACUUACAACGUUCGAAGAGAAGAUAUUUGAUUGCUUCGAUCGCUUCUAUUCCUCGGAAUCGUCUAAACUUGAAAACUUCGUUGGAAUCGAGGAACCCCUUUGACAAGACGAUUUUUGGAUUGAUGAAAGUGUCCGACGUUAGGGGAGAGAGGAAUGGUGUUGUGAUCACGACGGCGUUGUGCAAUCAAAAUUCGUCGGAUCUUUGCCGGUUCUUCUUUAAUUUUGCGUAUCAUGCAACCAUUCUCAACGGGCAACACGAUGGCGACGGAGACCCCGACCAGUCUACCACCGGAGAAGGUGAGCUCGCCACCAUCCUCUCGGAACUUGACCUUCUCCAUAGCGAAGAUCAUGGAACCGGACAAACGUUUGACCGAACAAGCGAACGCAGCUCAAACGGUUCAAGCAGCGGUGGUCCCACCACCCCCGUCGACGACUACCGCAACACCUACAACCACUCCGGCUGGCAUCCUUCAUCAGGCAUCCCACUUCCCAGCUCUAAGCCAACGUUACUCUGCUCAUUUGGAAUCUGCGUUCAAAAAAUACGUGCCAACAUUGAGGCAUCAAAAUCUUUAUCCCCUCCUCUACUAUACUCCGAGUCCAUUGUUAAGGGCCUUUCCAGGUUCGCCAGAGACUACGCCGAGCGUAGCCCAAACCUCGCCACCACCGAGUUCGGUUCAAGACACUUACGUUUCCUCGAGGUUUAGUCUGAUGACGGAAAAUCAACGCGGUAAAAAAGGUUCCGUUCAAGACACUUCCAUUUCAUCGAGGCUAAGUCUAAUGACGAUCUCACCGGAAAGUCAACGCGGAAAGAAAAGUCCUACUCCUCGUAACGAGAUCAAUGGUACGAACAAACAAAAAACCUUCACCUGUCCUGAGUGCGGUAAAGUUUUCAACGCUCAUUACAAUCUUACACGGCACAUGCCGGUACACACGGGAGCACGGCCAUUCGUAUGCAAGAUAUGCGGAAAAGGAUUUCGUCAGGCCAGUACUUUGUGCAGGCAUAAGAUCAUUCACACCGCUGAAAAACCACACAAAUGUGGUACCUGUGGUAAAGCGUUUAACAGAAGUUCAACAUUGAAUACUCACUUACGCAUACACACGAAUUACAAACCGUACAGAUGCGAAGUCUGCGGCAAGGGAUUUCAUCAGAAAGGAAAUUACAAGAAUCACAGGUUGACGCAUAACGACGAGAAAGCUUACAAGUGUACCGUCUGCAACAAAGCAUUCCAUCAGAUUUACAAUCUUACUUUUCACAUGCAUACGCACAACGAUAAGAAACCAUUCUCAUGUAAAAUAUGUGGAAAAGGAUUUUGUAGGAAUUUUGAUUUAAAGAAACACAUGAGAAAAUUACACGAUACCGGAUUACCCGUAUUAGCUGGACUCGAUACUUCCAGUCAAAGCCAUAACCAACAACCGGGUUACUCGUCGAUGCAUCAACCACCCGAUGGACGUUCCUUCGUUAGCCCGUUCCUUCUGCCGCCACCAAAUUCAUCUAGUUAUCUCACUAAAAUGUUGUGACAUAGUGAGAACAUUCCUUAUCCAAGGAAAGCUCAAUGCCAAUUGAUGCUGGCUCCUCCCUGUUACGCCGGAGACAUCGCUCAUUUGGCUCAACCAUCUAAGUGAAAAGAAAAUGCACCACGUCUACCUGAGACUGACCUGAAGUAACAGCAACAACAAAAAAAAAGUAAUACACUUCUUUGACGAUUAAUCCUAAUCGUUCAAUCUAAAAGAAAAAAAAA